CUAUAAAUAGCAGGUUACAGCUCCUGCUCGGCGCGCACACGCUCACACGCGAAAGCAGGAAAGUCAGGCUAAAAGUGUCUGCUGCUGCCGCUGCCGCCCCCCACUCCGCCUCCGGGAGAGAACUCAAAGAAAUGGUGUUACCUGGCAAUAGAUCUGCUGUCUUUUAUGAAAAAUCAGGCCAAGGAAUCAAGAUCUUCUGCUGAGUGAGACGGUAUAUGUUAGGUGGGUGCUCGAGGAUAACAUUGAAGUUUUGGCGUUGUCAUUGGGUGGAGGAGCUGAUCCAAGAGCUCUGAAAGCAGCAAAGCAAUAAUCAAAAAGCAGAGCUGUUUGAGGAAUACAACAAUAAAGCAGAUACAAGAAAUUUCAGAGUGGGAUAUCAGGUCUUUAGUGUGAAGAUACAUCUAUAUUAAACCAGGAAUCAUUGGCACUGACAUUUCGGCACGAAAGCUUGAAAGGUUGAACAAUUGUGAAGGUUGAUCAUGGAAAUCAAAGAGGAAGGAGCAUCAGAAGAAGGCCAGCACUUUCUUCCCACACCGGCAAAUGAUACUGGGGACUUUCAGUUCACAAGUAUUCAGAAGACUCCAAAUGAACCACAGUUGGAAUUCAUCCUUGCAUGCAAGGAUCUUGUGGCUCCCGUCCGUGAUCGGAAGCUGAAUACUCUGGUGCAGAUCUCAGUAAUCCACCCCGCGGAGCAGAGUCUGACAAGAUACUCGAGCACGGAAAUUGUGGAGGGAACAAGAGACCCACUGUUUCUGACUGGUGUCACAUUCCCAUCUGACUAUCCCAUCUAUGAGGAGACCAAAAUAAAGCUAACAGUCUAUGAUGUCAAGGAUAAGUCUCAAGACACUGUUCGAACCAGUGUCCUCCCUGAACAUAAGGAUCCCCUGCCAGAGGUUGGGCGAAGUUUCCUGGGCUAUGCCAGUUUUAAAGUGGGGGAGCUGUUGAAGUCAAAGGAGCAGCUGCUAGCCCUGAGCCUGAGAACUUCAGAUGGUGGCAAAGUUGUUGGCACCAUAGAAGUCAGUCUCGUGAAGAUGGGGGAGAUUGAGGAUGGGGAAGCCGACCACAUCACGACAGAUGUGCAGGGACAAAAGUGUGCACUGGUAUGUGAAUGUACAGCCCCAGAAAGUGUGAGCGGAAAAGAUAACUUACCUUUUUUGAAUGCAGUGUUGAAGAACCCAGUGUGUAAAUUAUAUAGAUUUCCCACAUCUGACAAUAAGUGGAUGCGAAUCCGCGAGCAGAUGUCAGAGAGCAUACUUUCUUUUCAUAUUCCUAAGGAAUUGAUCUCUCUUCACAUAAAAGAAGAUUUGUGUAGAAACCAGGAGCUAAAAGAACUUGGUGAGCUUUCUCCCCACUGGGACAAUCUACGGAAAAAUGUCCUUACUCACUGUGAUCAAAUGGUGAAUAUGUACCAAGGAAUUCUGAAAGAACUUAGCAAGGAAACAGGGUCCUCUUUCAAAUCAAGCAGCAGCAAAGGAGAGAGAACAUUGGAAUUUGUUCCAGUAAAUCUACAUCUGCAAAGAAUGCACGUACACAGCCCUCACUUGAAAGAUGCUCUCUACGAUGUCAUCACUGUGGGAGCCCCAGCUGCCCAUUUUCAGGGAUUUAAGAAUGGUGGUCUUCGGAAACUACUCCAUAGAUUUGAAACGGAAAGAAGAAAUACUGAGUACCAGUUUAUUUACUAUUCACCUGAAAACACAGCCAAAGCAAAAGAAGUUCUCAGCAACAUCAAUCAGCUACAGCCUCUGAUAGCAACCUAUGCAGACCUACUGCUUAAUUCUGCAAGCCAGCAUUCUCCAGACAGCUUGAAGAAUUCUUUAAAGAUGCUUUCAGAAAAAACAGAGCUUUUUGUACAUGCCUUCAAGGAUCAGCUGGUCAGAAGUGCUCUUUUAGCGCUUUACACUGCCCGGCCAGGAGGCAUCCUUAAGAAACCACCCUCCCCUAAGAACAGCACAGAGGAGAGCAGUCCCCAGGACCCACCCCCACCGAUGAAGAGGCAGGACUCCAUACCUCACCAUUCAGACUAUGAUGAGGAAGAGUGGGAUAGGGUGUGGGCCAAUGUGGGGAAGAGCCUGAACUGCAUUAUUGCCAUGGUGGAUAAACUGAUUGAAAGAGAUGGUGGCAGUGGCGGCAGCAGCAGCAGCAAAAAUGAAGAAAAGGACCCGUCUCUAGUGGACUCCGUCAUAACUCAUCCAAGGGAGGACUGGUAUGAACAGUUGUAUCCCCUCAUCCUUACCCUGAAGGACUGCAUGGGAGAAGUGGUGAACCGAGCCAAGCAGUCCCUGACGUUUGUGCUCCUUCAGGAACUUGCGUACAGCUUGCCCCAGUGUUUGAUGCUGACUCUGAGAAGAGACAUUGUCUUCAGCCAAGCGCUUGCUGGAUUGGUUUGUGGUUUUAUCAUCAAAUUACACGCAAGUUUACAUGAUCCUGGCUUCCUACAGCAGCUUCACACAGUGGGACUAGUCGUGCAAUAUGAAGGACUGCUAAGUACAUACAGUGAUGAGAUUGGAAUGCUGGAGGACAUGGCCGUUGGCAUUUCAGAUUUGAAGAAAGUCACAUUUAAAAUAACUGAAGCCAAAUCCAAUGAUGUCUUGCCAGUUAUAACAGGAAGGCGUGAACAUUAUGUGGUGGAGGUAAAGCUUCCAGCGAGAAUGUUUGAGUCUCUGCCUCUCCAGAUUAAAGAAGGACAAUUGCUUCAUGUGUAUCCGGUACUUUUUAACGUUGGAAUCAAUGAGCAGCAAACUCUCGCUGAGAGAUUUGGAGACGUCUCUUUGCAAGAAAGUAUUAAUCAGGAAAAUUUUGAACUUCUCAAAGAAUAUUACACGAUAUUUAUGGAAAAGAUGCCUCCUGAUUACAUUUCACAUUUUCAAGAACAAAAUGAUUUAAAAGGAUUACUAGAAAAUCUCCAUCAAAAUAUCCAAGCCAAAAAAAGAAAGAAUGUAGAAAUCAUGUGGCUGGCUGCAACAAUUUGUCGCAAACUAAAUGGUAUCCGUUUCACCUGUUGUAAAAGUGCCAAAGACAGGACGUCGAUGUCAGUGACGCUUGAACAGUGCUCAAUCUUGAGGGACGAGCACCAGUUGCACAAGGACUUCUUUAUCCGAGCACUGGAUUGCAUGAGAAGGGAACACUGGAGAGGAACCAUGUUUCCAACAAAGUUGUUAAGAUUUGCUACAGAGAAGGAUGCCGCAUAGAGAAUGUACUGAAGAAUAUCAAAUGCAGAAAGUAUGCUUUCAACAUGCUACAGCUGAUGGCUUUCCCCAAGUACUACAGACCUCCAGAGGGGACUUACGGAAAAGCUGACACCUAAGUUUACCAACAUGUAAAUAAACAGAAACACAAAUACGCUCCAGUUGGAUAAUCUCCAACUUUUUAUUUUUUUUUUACUGUCAUAAAUUUGUGGAGGGAAGUGAUCAGGAAUGUGUGCCCCAAUCUAGAAAUUACUGAAUUAGUUAUCAGUAUAUUAUUCUGAAAGAAACCCAUUUAAAAUAAUUCUAAAAUAAUACUGUGUUUCUAGUUCUAAGCUUCUUUGUAUCGACCCCCGCUGGUUGAGAUCAGCUCGGAAAGUGUAAAUUUCAUUCAUUAAGUAUUUUAAGGAAAGACAUCCUGAGAAAACACAGGUUGCUACAAGAGGACUAGAGGUGAUUCAGAGAGUGACACUCUCCCUCCGAAAUGAAGAUAGGAGAGUGUAAAGGGCAGAGAGACUUGGAGAUAUUAUUUCACAGCCUUUCUCACACAUAACCUUAGAGCCCAUCUGUGGGAUUUAAAAAGUAUUUUUCUAGUGGACUGAAAUUAGGUAGAGUUAACUCAUGAUCUUGACUAUGGAACAAUUUACAAGUGUGCUUGUAAAGACUUGUGUCAUCCAACAGAGGUGUAACUUCUCCUCCUAAACAGGCAGAUGAACAGUAAAGUUACUUUUCAAAAACAUGGUAUCUUUUCAAAACUCUGACUUGGGUUGUAUGGCCCAGUUGUAGAAGUGGCAAUAGAAAAAGUUGAACGGUAUAAUAGGCAAAACAUUGCGAGGGACUGCGAGGGACUGCGAAGGAAAUUAAAGAUGAUCAGCCUGUUGAUGCCCAGGAUAAAAAUUCUAUCAGCCUGAACUUUAUGUAGUCAAGUUCAUGAAAGUCAGUAAAAUAGCUUUGAGAUGUUUUCUAUCAGUCAUCUUGGCACAGAAUAUAGAGAGUGUAAGUAUGCAUUGUCUGGUGUAGAUUAGUGUAUGUGAAGAAACAUUUUAAAACAUGUGCAACCACAACUAAUGAUAGACCAAAACAGUUACUUCUGUUAACCUGAAUUUCCAGUUUGUCCUUACUCAAUAAAAUAACCCCAUAAGCUUUCUAAAAUUCCAGAUUAGAGGUUAAUUUAGACAUCAUCUUGUAUAACACCAUUAUAAAUGGGUAAAUAAGGCACAAAGGAAAAUAUGCCCCUAACCUCCCAGCGAGAUAAUUUUAGAAUUGUGGUUACAAUCUCUUCUUACCUUCCCUGUCUGUGGCUUGACUCUUCUCCAUAUUGCCAUGCUAAAUAUACAUGAAAAUUGGGGGAGAAUCCUAAUUAGAUAGA